AUGGCCACCAAGUGGAAGCACUUCAGUAAGGUGACAUGUGUCAGGCAGCUCCCAAAUAACAAACCAAAACUUCACAUUGUUCUGCAAAGAGAUAAUAGAACAGAGCAGAAAGAACACCAACAAACUUGUGCCCUCAUGGAAACUCUCAUCUCCUCCACAACUCUCCAACUCAGGAAUCCUCAAACUUCCCUCUUUCCCAAAACAUCACAUUUCAAUUCCCCUGCAUUUUCAAGGGUACAAUUCAGUAGCAAACCUUGUUUUGGUGUUCUAAACCGCUGCAAUAAGAACUGUUUUAAAGUUUUUGCUGCUUCCCAGUCUGCCCCUGCUGAAGUUUCUACCAGUUCUUCCUCCAUACCAUCCACAAUGAAGGCUUGGAUUUACAGUGAAUAUGGAGGUGUUGAGGUUUUGAAGUUUGAUGAGAGUGUUGCUGUUCCUGAAAUUAGUGAUGAUCAGGUCUUGGUUAAGGUUGUUGCUGCUGCUCUUAACCCUGUUGAUUUCAAGAGGAGACUUGGCAAAUUCAAGGCCACCGAUUCACCUCUUCCGACCGUGCCAGGUUAUGAUGUUGCCGGUGUGGUGGUUAAAGUUGGUAGCCAAGUAAAGAACCUUAAAGAAGGAGAUGAAGUAUAUGGUGAUAUCAGUGAGAAAGCACUGGAUGGGCCAAAGCAGUUUGGAUCCCUAGCCGAAUAUACUGCUGUUGAGGAGAAAUUGUUGGCUCUGAAACCCAAGAAUAUUGAUUUUGCUCAAGCUGCAUCUCUUCCUCUGGCAAUUGAGACUGCCAAUGAAGGUCUUGAAAGAGCUGGAUUUUCUGCUGGCAAAUCCAUUCUUGUUCUCGGUGGUGCUGGGGGUGUUGGAUCACUCGUUAUACAGCUUGCAAAACACGUAUUUGGGGCUUCUAAAAUAGCAGCUACUUCCAGCACUGGGAAAUUGGAAUUGCUGAAAAGCCUUGGUGCUGAUUUAGCAAUUGACUAUACAAAGGAGAAUUUCGAAGAUCUUCCAGAGAAAUUUGAUGUAGUUUAUGAUACCGUUGGGCAGGGAGAUAAGGCGGUGAAAGCAGUGAAGGAAGGCGGAAGUGUGGUGGUCCUAACGGGCGCUGUCGAACCCCCUGGUUUCAGAUUUGUGGUCACAUCCACCGGCGAAGCUCUCACGAAACUGAAUCCAUUCCUAGAGAGUGGAAAAGUGAAGCCAGUUAUUGAUCCCAAAGGGCCAUUCCCAUUUUCUCAGGUCACUGAAGCUUUCUCUUAUCUUGAGACUAACCGGGCUACAGGAAAGGUAGUUAUCCAUCCGAUUCCAUGA